CGCAGGCUCCCGGACCCAGAGCUGACUGCUGAGGCUGGGAUAGGACAUAGGGAUCUGCGUUUAUGACGUCCUCCCAGGUAACUUGGAUGCUAGCAGUCUGGGGUUUGGGGCUUUGUGAGAAACAGCGUUUUGUGGGGAAAUAAGGUUUUGAUUUCAUAAAUGAACACUUGACCUGCCUUUUGGUAUGUCUAAACAGAGCACUGUUCACAGUUAGCCAUUGGGGAAAAUGUUUAUUGCAUGCUGGAAUGAAUCUUGACUUUUGUUUCUAAAUUUAGCUUUCCUAGGUGUCUGGGCUUGACGCCCUCCUUUUUCCACCUGAAGUUGCUACCUCAGGCAAAGUUCUCAAAGUUUUCAGCACAUCCUAAGAUACAAAAGGCAAAAUGCCUGGUCAGACAACAUAUUCUCUUUGCACAAUCAGUAUUGUUUUACAGGGCUACCUUUUGGGUUUUAAAUUCACUUCUUGAUACUUAUGUUGAACCUGAUAUUAAGUAUAUCUCAAAGUAAAAGUAUAUGAAAAAGAAAAAUCAAGCUCUGUAGCCAUUCUGGUUUCUUUGGGUAGGCUCCUUAAACACCUGCAAGAUUUAAUUUAUCUGAGCUACAAAUCAGAAAUAGUGGGUUGGAAUGACUUUCCCAGGAACUUUGUCAGGAAGGCGAGAAACUUAUUAAAAGAAUCAUCUCAAGUAAUGAGAGAUAUUAAGUAUCUGAAAUGCCAAACGCUAAAAAAGAUGGUCUGUUUUAAGCCACAAAACAUUUGCAUGGAUCAGUUUGCAGCAAGCUUGCUCUUGGAUAAAAUUUCGUCUUUAUUCUCAGCUGUUGCAAGUUAGAGCUUGUGUAAUGAUCCAGAAACGGAACAGCAGCUUUUGAAGAAACCUUUUAUUUGCUCUUCAUUCCAGUGUCAAGUUUAAAGACUUAGAGUCAGGAAAAGAGGCCUCACGGAUGACUGGGUCCAAAUCCCCCUUUUUAUGGAUGAGGGGACAGUCCCGAGAAAGGAAGGUUUUGCCCUUACUUGUGAACCUAGAUUAAACGCAGGUCCCAAUUUCUAGUCAAGUCCCUGCUUGUUCCACCACUCCAGUGUGCUUAUGGUGACCAUAUGAAUCCAACCAAAGAUGGGGACGCUGCGUGCCAGUGGGCAGCUUUUCUAAUUGUGAGUCUUAGGAAAUCCAAAUCGAGGCUGCCUCACAGUGAAGUAUCUCACGCUUCACUUACCUGGCUGUGUUACUGUGUUUCCACUGGACUCUUCAGUGGAGUUAGGAUUUUCAAAUGCUGUUUGUGUAUUUGAAAAUUGUAAGAGCCUUGUCAGUGCAGUCGGCGUAGAAGCACUUAAUGCCUCAGGCUGCUCAUGAGGCAGCCAGUCCUCAGGUCAGCAGCUGAGAUUUCCUGAGUGCCAGGCGAUUGGGCAUAAAUACCCAUGUGAGUUAGCAGGCUAAUAAGAACCCAGUAACAUUAUUUAGAAUUGCAAAUGCAUCUGCAGAAGAUAUUUUAGAGUAUCUUUUAUUUUUAAUAUAAGGGUGGAAGAAGUAACAAAUUUCAAAUCACUCAUAUUCCCAAACAAUUUCAUUUUUUUGUGUAUAGCAAAUUUAAAAGUUUUUGAGCAUGUAAGCUACUUUCCAAAGGGCAAUAAUUUGUCAUCCAUUUAGCUUGUGUUUGUAACUCAUGGUCAUGAGCUACCGUACUCUGGAAUGAGGGGUGUGAUUUAUUUUUAUCUAUCAGUGAGGUGCAAUUAAUAAACUCUUCAGCCAUGUGUACCUUACUGCACCUUUAAGACUUAAAAGGUAUUUUCUAUUCAUUUAAAAGAUGUAUUUGAAAGUUUAUGGGUUCUUCUUCCACCGAAAGUAUACCACAUGCUCACUGUAGAAAAUUUGGAAUAUACAGAAAAGUCAAAGGAGGAACUUUUAAAAUCCAUUGCUCCACUACCAAGAAAUAAUAUUUGGAUGCAUUGCUUUUUAAUCUUUGACGUUUUACACUUAAUCUUUUAUUAUGCCAGGAAUUCACAAAUUUAUUCCUGUAAAAAUCUCUCCCAAGACAGAUGAUGCUCAAAUCUUUGACCACCCUCCUGCCACCCUAGACCCUCCCAGAGGUCUGGUAUUUCCUCAGGUGCCGUUGUCUUCUGCUCUCCUCCUGCGAGUGUGACUCUCAGCUGACACCAUGAGCAGCGACACCGAAAUGGAUGUGUUCGGCAUCGCCGCUCCCUUCCUCCGGAAGUCGGAAAAGGAGAGAAUCGAGGCCCAGAACCAGCCCUUUGAUGCCAAGACCUACUGCUUUGUGGUCGACUCAAAGGAAGAGUAUGCCAAGGGGAAAAUUAAGAGCACCCAGGAUGGGAGGGUCACGGUGGAGACCGAAGACAGCAGGACCCUGGUGGUCAAACCUGAGGAUGUGUAUGCGAUGAACCCCCCCAAGUUCGACAGGAUCGAGGACAUGGCCAUGCUGACCCACCUGAACGAGCCGGCCGUGCUGUACAACCUGAAGGACCGUUACACCUCCUGGAUGAUCUAUACCUACUCGGGCCUCUUCUGUGUCACCGUCAACCCCUACAAGUGGCUGCCGGUGUACAACCCCGAGGUGGUGGAAGGCUACAGGGGCAAAAAGCGCCAGGAGGCCCCACCCCACAUCUUCUCCAUCUCUGACAACGCCUACCAGUUCAUGCUGACGGAUCGUGAAAACCAGUCCAUUCUGAUCACCGGAGAAUCCGGGGCAGGAAAGACUGUGAACACCAAACGGGUCAUCCAGUACUUUGCAACAAUUGCAGCGACUGGAGACCUCGCCAAGAAGAAGGACUCCAAGAUGAAGGGGACACUGGAAGAUCAGAUCAUCAGCGCCAACCCGUUGCUGGAGGCCUUCGGGAACGCCAAGACCGUGAGGAACGACAACUCCUCCCGCUUUGGCAAGUUCAUCCGAAUCCAUUUUGGUACCACUGGGAAACUGGCCUCUGCAGAUAUUGAAACGUAUCUGCUGGAAAAAUCAAGAGUAACCUUCCAGCUGAAGGCUGAAAGGAGCUACCACAUCUUCUACCAGAUUCUUUCAAACAAGAAGCCUGAGCUCAUAGAGCUGCUGCUUAUUACAACCAACCCUUACGACUACCCCUUCAUCAGCCAGGGUGAAAUCUUGGUUGCCAGCAUUGAUGACGCCGAGGAGCUGUUGGCUACAGAUAGUGCCAUCGACAUCCUGGGCUUUACCCCCGAAGAGAAAUCCGGGCUCUACAAGCUGACGGGCGCCGUGAUGCACUACGGCAACAUGAAGUUCAAGCAGAAGCAGCGGGAGGAGCAGGCAGAGCCGGACGGCACGGAAGUGGCUGACAAAACAGCCUAUCUGAUGGGUCUGAACUCAUCGGACCUCCUGAAAGCUUUGUGCUUCCCCCGAGUAAAAGUUGGGAAUGAGUAUGUCACCAAAGGUCAAACUGUGGAUCAGGUCCACCAUGCCGUGAAUGCCCUUUCCAAGUCUGUUUAUGAAAAGCUCUUCCUGUGGAUGGUCACUCGCAUCAACCAGCAACUGGAUACGAAGCUUCCAAGACAACACUUCAUUGGGGUUUUGGACAUUGCAGGUUUUGAAAUCUUUGAGUAUAACAGCCUGGAGCAGCUGUGCAUCAACUUCACCAACGAGAAGCUGCAACAGUUUUUCAACCACCACAUGUUCGUGCUGGAGCAGGAGGAGUACAAGAAGGAGGGCAUCGAGUGGACCUUCAUCGACUUCGGGAUGGACCUGGCCGCCUGCAUUGAGCUCAUCGAGAAGCCCAUGGGCAUCUUCUCCAUCCUGGAAGAGGAGUGCAUGUUCCCCAAGGCUACAGACACCUCCUUCAAGAACAAGCUGUAUGACCAGCAUCUGGGCAAGUCCAGCAACUUCCAGAAGCCCAAGGUGGUCAAAGGCAGGGCUGAGGCCCACUUCUCGCUGAUUCACUACGCCGGCACCGUGGACUACAGUGUCUCGGGCUGGCUGGAGAAGAACAAGGACCCCCUGAACGAGACCGUGGUCGGGCUGUACCAGAAGUCCUCCAACAGGCUCCUGGCACACCUCUACGCCACCUUCACUACGGCGGACGCUGACAGUGGGAAGAAGAAAGUCGCCAAGAAGAAGGGCUCUUCCUUCCAAACUGUCUCUGCCCUUUUCAGGGAAAACCUGAACAAGCUCAUGUCAAAUUUAAGAACUACUCACCCUCACUUUGUGCGCUGUAUAAUUCCCAAUGAAACCAAAACCCCAGGGGCUAUGGAACACAGCCUUGUCCUCCAUCAGCUGCGGUGCAACGGUGUCCUUGAAGGCAUCCGCAUCUGCAGGAAGGGAUUCCCAAAUAGGAUUCUCUAUGGGGAUUUUAAACAAAGGUACCGAGUGCUGAAUGCCAGUGCGAUCCCUGAGGGACAAUUCAUUGACAGCAAGAAAGCUUGUGAAAAGCUGUUGGCAUCCAUUGACAUUGACCACACUCAGUACAAAUUUGGCCAUACCAAGGUGUUCUUCAAGGCUGGCUUGCUGGGGACCCUCGAGGAGAUGCGGGAUGAUCGCCUGGCCAAGCUGAUUACCCGGACACAAGCCGUGUGCCGAGGGUUUCUCAUGCGCGUGGAAUUCCAGAAGAUGGUGCAGAGAAGGGAGUCCAUCUUCUGCAUCCAAUACAACAUUCGCUCAUUUAUGAAUGUGAAGCACUGGCCCUGGAUGAAGCUGUAUUUCAAGAUCAAGCCCCUCCUCAAGAGUGCAGAGACUGAGAAGGAGAUGGCCACCAUGAAGGAGGAGUUCCAGAAAACCAAAGAUGAACUUGCCAAGUCAGAGGCAAAAAGGAAGGAGCUAGAGGAAAAACUGGUGACUCUGGUACAGGAGAAGAAUGACCUGCAGCUUCAAGUACAAGCUGAAAGUGAAAACUUGUUGGAUGCUGAGGAAAGAUGUGACCAACUGAUUAAAGCUAAAUUCCAACUUGAGGCUAAAAUCAAGGAGGUGACUGAGAGAGCAGAGGAGGAGGAAGAGAUCAAUGCCGAGCUGACGGCCAAGAAGAGGAAACUGGAAGAUGAAUGCUCAGAGCUCAAGAAAGACAUAGAUGACCUUGAGUUGACACUGGCCAAGGUUGAAAAGGAGAAACAUGCCACAGAGAAUAAGGUUAAAAACCUUACUGAGGAACUUGCUGGGUUGGAUGAAACAAUUGCAAAGUUAACCAGGGAGAAGAAAGCCCUCCAAGAGGCCCACCAGCAGACCCUGGAUGACCUCCAAGCUGAAGAAGACAAGGUCAAUUCUUUGAGCAAGGUCAAGAGCAAACUGGAGCAGCAAGUUGAUGACCUGGAAAGUUCCUUAGAACAAGAAAAGAAGCUCCGUGUGGACCUGGAAAGGAACAAAAGGAAGCUUGAGGGAGACCUGAAGCUUGCCCAGGAGUCCAUAUUAGAUCUGGAGAAUGAUAAGCAACAGCUGGAUGAGAGGCUUAAGAAAAAGGAUUUUGAAUAUAGUCAACUGCAAAGCAAAGUGGAAGACGAGCAGACUUUGGGCCUCCAGUUUCAGAAGAAGAUCAAAGAGCUACAGGCUCGGAUCGAGGAGCUGGAAGAAGAGAUUGAGGCGGAGCGGGCCACCCGCGCCAAGGCGGAGAAGCAGCGCAGCGACUAUGCCCGCGAGCUGGAGGAGCUGAGCGAGCGGCUGGAGGAGGCCGGAGGCGUCACCUCCACCCAGAUAGAGCUGAACAAGAAGCGGGAGGCCGAGUUCCAGAAGAUGCGCCGGGACCUGGAGGAGGCCACCCUGCAGCAUGAAGCCACGGCCGCCACGCUGAGGAAGAAGCACGCGGACAGCGUGGCCGAGCUGGGGGAGCAGCUCGACAACCUGCAGAGGGUCAAGCAGAAACUGGAGAAGGAGAAGAGCGAGAUGAAGAUGGAAAUCGACGACCUCUCCAGCAACGUGGACAGUGUGUCCAAAUCUAAGGCAAACCUGGAAAAAAUAUGCAGAACUCUGGAGGAUCAGUUAAGUGAGGCCAGGAGCAAAAAUGAGGAAAUUCAGAGGAGCCUGAGUGAGCUGACGACACAGAAGUCUCGUCUUCAGACUGAGGCUGGUGAGCUGAGUCGCCAACUAGAAGAAAGGGAAAACAUAGUAUCCCAACUUUCCAGGAGCAAGCAAGCAUUUACCCAGCAAAUAGAAGAGCUUAAGAGGCAGUUAGAAGAAGAGAGCAAGGCCAAGAACGCCCUGGCGCACGCCCUGCAGUCCUCCCGCCACGACUGCGACCUGCUGCGGGAACAGUACGAGGAGGAGCAGGAAGCCAAGGCCGAGCUGCAGAGGGCGCUGUCCAAGGCCAACAGCGAGGUUGCUCAGUGGAGGACCAAAUACGAGACGGACGCCAUCCAGCGCACGGAGGAGCUGGAGGAGGCCAAGAAAAAACUUGCUCAGCGUCUUCAAGAUUCUGAGGAACAGGUUGAGGCAGUGAAUGCUAAAUGUGCUUCCUUGGAAAAGACCAAGCAGAGGCUGCAAGGAGAGGUUGAGGACCUGAUGGUUGAUGUUGAAAGAGCCAACUCCCUGGCUGCUGCUCUGGACAAGAAGCAGAGGAAUUUUGACAAGGUGCUAGCCGAGUGGAAGACCAAGUGUGAGGAGAGCCAAGCAGAGCUGGAGGCGUCUCUCAAGGAGUCCCGUUCACUGAGCACCGAGCUCUUCAAACUGAAAAAUGCCUACGAGGAGGCCUUGGACCAGCUCGAAACCGUGAAACGAGAAAAUAAGAACUUAGAGCAGGAGAUAGCAGAUCUCACAGAACAAAUUGCUGAAAAUGGGAAAACCAUCCAUGAACUGGAGAAAUCAAGGAAGCAGAUCGAGCUGGAAAAGGCUGAUAUCCAGCUGGCUCUUGAGGAAGCCGAGGCCGCGCUUGAGCACGAAGAGGCCAAGAUCCUCCGCAUCCAGCUUGAAUUGACACAAGUGAAAUCAGAAAUUGAUAGGAAGAUCGCCGAGAAAGAUGAGGAGAUCGAGCAGAUGAAGAGGAACUAUCAGCGAAUGGUGGAGACCAUGCAGAGCGCGCUGGACGCAGAAGUGCGGAGCAGGAACGAGGCCAUCAGGAUCAAGAAGAAGAUGGAGGGGGAUCUGAACGAGAUCGAGAUCCAGCUGAGCCACGCCAACCGCCAGGCCGCAGAGACCCUCAAGCACCUCCGGAGUGUGCAGGGACAGCUGAAGGACACCCAGCUCCACCUGGACGACGCUCUCCGGGGCCAGGAGGACCUGAAGGAGCAGCUGGCGAUCGUGGAGCGCAGAGCCAACCUGCUGCAGGCCGAGGUGGAGGAGCUGCGGGCCUCCCUGGAGCAGACGGAGAGGGCCCGGAAACUGGCUGAACAAGAGCUUUUGGAUUCCAAUGAGAGAGUCCAGCUGCUGCACACCCAGAACACCAGCCUCAUCCAUACCAAGAAGAAGCUAGAGACCGACCUCACACAGCUCCAAAGCGAGGUUGAAGAUGCCAGCAGGGACGCCAGAAAUGCCGAAGAGAAGGCCAAGAAGGCAAUCACGGAUGCUGCCAUGAUGGCCGAGGAGCUGAAGAAGGAGCAGGACACCAGCGCCCACCUGGAGCGGAUGAAGAAGAACCUGGAGCAGACGGUGAAGGACCUGCAGAACCGUCUGGAUGAGGCCGAGCAGCUGGCCCUGAAGGGCGGGAAGAAGCAGAUCCAGAAACUGGAGACGCGGAUCCGAGAGCUGGAGUUUGAGCUUGAAGGGGAGCAGAAGAAGAACACAGAGGCUGUCAAGGGCCUGAGGAAAUACGAGCGGAGGGUCAAGGAGCUAACGUACCAGAGUGAAGAGGACAGGAAGAAUGUGCUGAGGUUACAGGAUCUGGUGGAUAAACUGCAAGUGAAAGUGAAAUCCUACAAGAGGCAGGCCGAGGAGGCUGAUGAACAAGCCAACGUUCAUCUCACCAAAUUCCGAAAAGCUCAGCAUGAGCUCGAGGAGGCUGAGGAACGGGCCGAUAUUGCAGAAUCUCAAGUCAAUAAGCUUCGCGCUAAGACCCGAGACUUCACCUCCAGCAGGCUGGUAGUCCAUGAGAGUGAGGAGUGAGUGAUGCCCUUCUGGGACAGGACAGAAAAUAUGCAAAAUGUGUAUUUUCAUGGUUCCUGACCAUUAGACUUCAUUUUCAUGUGGC